AAGAACCAUUGACCCGAUUAUAGUAGAUAAAAUUUAUUGAGGAGCAGGGAGAAUCAAACAGUUGCAAAUGAGUCGCCUUGCCCCAUUAUCAGAAGAUCUUUUCAACAAAGAAGAAAUCAGGAAAUUGUCUAAGAAAAACCAUGCAUGCAAGAAUUAGGUUAAAAGUUGAAACCCUGUUAAGUGUUCUUGUCUGCCCUCUUUUUCUCGUCUUUCUUCAACCUAACCACUCUAUUCUUCAGCAUUGCAACGCCCUGAACUGAAACAUCUCCUUUCGACCUAUGGCUAUGAAUCAAAACUUGAAGAGCUUCAAAACACCGUCAACAAAAUCAAAAACGUGCUUCUUGAUGUUGAAGCCAAGCAGGAGCUCUCCUAUGUAGUCCAACUAUGGAUUGAGAAUCUCAAGGAUGUUGUCUUUGAAGCCGAUGAUUUGCUGGAUGAGUUUAUCACUCUUGUCAAGCAGAAGCAACACAUCAAGGCUGAUGGUACAAUAUCCAAGAAGAUGGGGCUCUUUCUUUCUCGUUCGAACCCUUUAGUCCUCGCUUACAAGAUGUCUAAAGAGGUCGAGAAGAUAGGGAAGAACUUGAGUUGUUUUGCUGAUAAGAUAUCAUCUAUGAUGGAGUUUAGUCUUGAGCCUAUUAAGAAUAGAAAUCGAGAGACAUGUUCUUAUGUGGAUGUAGUUGAUAUUGUUGGAAGAGAAGCCGACUUGGAGCAUAUUGUUGGUAUGUUGCUUGAUUAUGAUGUUCAAAAUGAUGUUUCUUUCCUUCCUAUUGUGGGUAUGGGAGGAUUAGGUAAAACUGCUCUUGCACAACUUGUGUACAACGAUAAAAGGGUUGAAAGUGCAUUUUCUUUGAGGUUGUGGCAUUGUGUUUCUGAUCAAGAUCAGAAACAAUUGAACAUUGCUGAUAUUCUUCGUAAGAUUCUGACUCUAAUUACUGAUGAGAAUCAUGAAAAAUCCUCUGAGCAAAUCGUGCAAAGUCAACUUCAAAACAAAUUAUCAUCUAAAAAGUACUUGCUUGUUUUAGAUGAUGUAUGGACUGAAAAUUGCAAUCAAUGGAAUGAUCUAGUAAGAUUGUUGAAAGUGGGUCAAAGAGGAAGUUGGAUUGUGGUGACUACACGUUUAGAAGUGACUGCAAAAUUCAUCGGAUGUGGUUCAAUGUUCAAGCUCCAAGGUUUGGCGAAGAAAGAGUCAUGGAGCUUAUUCGAAAAGAUAGCAUUUGGUUCAGAGCACUCGAACCUUCAUGAUGAUCAGUUGGUCGAAAUAGGGCAAAAAAUUGUUGAAGCAUGUGGAGGAGUCCCUCUCGCCUUACGAGUAGCAGGAAGUCUUGUAUAUGGUCAAGACAAGAGGAAGUGGCAAACAGUUCAAGAAGUCGGCGUGGCCAACAUGGGCAAUGACAAUGGUAUCACACAUAUAUUGAAGCUAAGUUAUCAACAUCUUCCAUUUUCAAUAAAAAAUUGUUUUAGUUAUUGUGCCAUUUUCCCCAAGGAUCAUAGACUGAACAAGGAAACAUUGAUAAAUCUUUGGAUGGCACAAAACUAUGUUAUUCCAUUGGAUGAAGAUCAAAGCAUUGAAGAUGCAUGUGAAGAACAUUUUUUUAUUUUGUUGCGAAGGUGUUUUUUUCAAGAUAUAGAAAAAAAUGAUAUGACUGGUGAGAUAAAAUCGGUUAAGAUACACGAUCUUUUGCAUGACAUUGCACAAGGUGUCUCAAGCAAAGAGAUUUUUGCAGCAAUUAACAUCAGUGGAAACCUAGACAAAAAAGUUCGUCAUCUCUCUAUUUCUAGCAACACAAAACAUGGUAAAUUUCCUUUGAACAACACUUGUAUUCGUUCGUAUCUUGAUAUUUCUGAGGUAGAUUAUGAUUUGAGGAAUGUGGAUAAUAGUUUUGAGGAGACAUUACUCGAUAGUUGUAGACACCUAAGAGCAUUAAAAUUAACAAGAUUAGGGGAAAAAAGUUUGUCAAACCCUAUAGGUAAGUUAUUGCAUUUAAGAUGUUUAGAUCUAUCACUUAACCAUGAAAUAAAAAUACUCCCAAAUUCAAUAACAAAAUUAUGUAAUUUAGAAGCCAUAAUUUUAUUUGAAUGUAUUUUCUUAGAAGAGUUGCCCAAAGAUUUGAGUAGGUUGAUCAAACUUAGAGUCUUAGAUGUUUUGGGUUGUUCUAGAUUGAAGUAUAUGCCUAAGGGCAUUGAUAAGUUAAUUUGUCUUAAUAGACUGAGACAUUUUAUAGUGAGUGGUGAAGAGAGUUAUUCAAGUUGGACGGAAUGGACUUCUGGGUUAGAAGAGUUGAAAGCUCUUAACAACCUUAAAGGCGAUCUUAAUAUUGAGGUUAGGUGGCCUAAAAUUGUAGAAAAUGUGGUUGAAGAAAUUCGAGAUAGAAAAGGAUUAUAUUUAAGGGAUAAGAAACAUCUUGCUCACAUUGAAAUUAAUUUUUAUAAUUUGUUUGAUGAGAGAAGACAAUUGUUUAAUGAGGAAAUAAUAAAAUUGAUGGAAAAUCUGCAACCACCUUCUAGUCUUCAGUUUUUAAAGGUGGAGUGUUAUUAUGGUACGAAAAUGCCAAAGUGGAUAUCCCAUCUCCCAAACCUUGUGUCUCUUACAAUUGAUGGUGGUGUGGAGUUGGAGUACUUGGAAACCUUUGGAAAUGCAAAACAAGGGUCAUUCCUCCCUUCCCUUCAAAAACUUGAGUUAUUAUAUCUUUGUGAGUUGAAAGGAUGGAGGAGAGGACUAGGGGUGGAAGAUAACAAUAACUCACAAUUGGAAUUACUUCCAUGUCUCCCUAGUUUGAAGCAAUUAGAGAUAAAUGAUUGUCCGAAGUUGAUGUGUUUUCCGGUGUGUCCCAGGAUAGAGAUAUUAUCUUUAUUAGAGUUUAAUAAAAGAUUGAAAGGGAUAAUAGAAACAGAAAGGGAUGAGAAAAGUGCUCCAAAAUUAAGGAUAUUGGAAAUAUAUGAUGAUGUUUCAUGGUUGAAUUCACUUCCUAGGGAGUCUUUUCAGUGCCUUGAAACCCUUACUAUACAUAGGAAUAGGAAGUUGAAGAAUUUGGGAGAAAUUGAGAAGGUGUUUCAUGGCUGUUCUUCUUCUCUCCGAUCUCUGUGUAUUGUUAAUUGCUCCGAAUUGAGAAGUGUUGUGGUGGGAGGAUUGGAGCAUCUCUGUGCUUUAGAGAUUUUAGAGAUUAGAAAUAGUGUGAAACUGAACUUAUCUGAAGAAAAAGAGGGAAAGGAUGAUAGUGACGUCGGCAUGGACAUCGAAACAUAUCCAUCCCUUCUUCCAUCUCUUCACACUUUGAGAUUAUCUGGUCUCCAAGAAAAUAUUGCGAGUCUACCAAACUGGACACAAUUCUUGCCUGCUCUUCGAACCCUUCAUAUUUGGUUUUGCUCAGGACUGAAAGCAAUGCCGAAUUGGAUGCCUAAACUCACCUCUCUUAAGUUACUUCAUGUUUCUCAUUGUUCUAAAAUUCUGGAAAGAAGAUGCAAAGAAGAUCCAGAAGGGGAGGACUGGCCUUACAUUCAACACAUUCCCAACGUUCAAUUCAUAGAUUGUUAUGAUGAAUACCAUUCGGAUGAAGAGUAUUCUGAUGAAGACUACUGAUUAACUCCUCUGCUCUUCUGGCCAUUUGUCAGGUAUGUGCUCAGGCUAGUGUCAUUACAGAUACUGGACAGGAACUUGAUGUAUGAAAUGCUCAGUGCAGUAUCCUGAUCUUCCGUUAUGAUAACAAAAUUAAGAUAACAAAAAUAUAAACACGCACUAAAAGAUGAUGAAUAUAAAAUUCUGAAAGAUAAAAAGUAAUGACAUUAUGAUAUAAAUUUAUUAGUCUAUAAAAAAUAAUAGUUUAAAUUAGAGUUUGAUCCCUUAAUCAUAGAUUACAAAUAAGUUACUCAAACCAUUGGAUUGUAGUAGUUUUUUUUUUUUAUAUUUUUGCACUCUUUAAAAAAAAUAUCAUAUUAGUAGGAGGGACCAAAGCCAAAAAUACAAAGGAUCGCAUUAUCAACAAGGGGGUCGUAGCUUCGCCUAUGGCUAUCACCAAUCUUAACACAUGCUCAAGGUCUAGCAUGGAACUAAGUUAUUACUUCUAACCUUUGAAUCCAAAUUCUUCUACACUUCAAAUGUCAUGUAACAACAUAACCAAGAGUAACAACACACUCAAGUUACUCUCUUAAAGUUUAUAUUGAUUUGAAAUAGAGGAGAGAAUCCUACAUACAUAUAAAAAUUGUGAAUUUCCAACAUCAAUAGACGUGUUAUUUAAUCAUGUUCCAUAUAUUUGACUUUGCUGCCCAGUGCCCAUCCAAGCUACUCACACAUUAAUUCUUUAUGGUUGUAACUCAUAUUCAGUAUUAUAGAAUGGUUAGAAUGAUGUAACAUGUGCUGCUCAGAUUUUUUGUGAUUACUUUAUAAAGAUUGUGAUCAUGUGGAUGCACUAAUUACGGAUAGUCUGAUGUGUUUACAUUAUAUUAUAAUUAAUUGUAUUAUAAUUAAUAGCAAUUAAACCCAUGUGUUUAAUUACAUUUAAUGAUAAUUUGAUCAUUGCUAAUUACUUAUUCACAAAUCAAAAUCUAUUAAAUAGACAAGGUGGUCUACCAUUCAUUAUUCACAAACCAAACACAUAUAUAGAAGUAUUUGCUUGUCUGUUCUAUCUCUUCCUGUUCUGUUCCCAUCAACCCAACUUAAUUCCCUGAAAUUCGAUUAUGGAUGUGGUUGGAACAACGUUGUCUGUUACUCAAACUCUUUCUUCAGCAUUGCAACUAUAAAUAGGGUGCUCAUCACUUGCAUUUUCAUCAUCCCACCACAACAUCCUUGAGUGGUAAAGCAAAAGUGAGAGCAAUAUUUUAGAGUGAGAUGUAGUAAGUGUAAGAUUGAGCUACUAUAAUAUAGUAGUAGUAUAUAUUGUAUUCUUAUAUGUUUCUAGUGCUAUUAAUAUUACUUUAAGCAUUAGUUGUUGAACACCACUCUAAAUUUUAUUGUCCACAUUAUUAUUUUGCUAUCCCUUCCACAUAAAUAUACCCCGAAAUUCUCUACAAUUGGUAUCAGAGCCAAACGGUCUAUUGUGAGACUCACUUUGGUAAAUUAUCAGCCAAGGACUGGUAUAAUUAGUCAAAAUAACUUUGGCUACCCGAGUGAUCAAGUGAUCACAUUGACAUUCCAUUUGUGUGCAAUCUGGGAUUGUGAAGGUUUUUAGUGAGAGACCAAAC